UCCAUUCAGGACAAAUCUAAAUUACUAAAUAUUGACGGUGGACUUAAACUGAGUUUUUUAGGUGAUCUCAUCCAUGUCAGUGGAGCAGCAAAGUAUCUCAAAGACACAAAAACAUCUUUCAAACAGCAGAGACUUACGUUACAUUAUCAUUCAACAAGCCGAUUUGAAGAAUUGACUGUGAACCAUUUGCCUUUUAGAGAUAUGGCUGAUGAUGAUCUUGAUAUAGCCACACAUGUGGUGACAGCAAUCCUGUAUGGAGCAGAUGCCUGCUUUGUGUUUGACAGAGAAGUUUCCUCAGAUGAGGACAAAAGCACAGUAGAAGGAGAAGUAAAAGUGGCUCUUGAGAAACUGCAGGGUGCUGUUUCAGUGGGUGCAAAUGCGGCUCUAAAUGUGAAUCACAGUCAGCAAACUGCAGUCAAAAAAUUCACAUGUACAUUUUAUGGCGACUUUCAGCUGCCGUCUAACCCAACGUCUUUUGAAGAUGCUUUGAAAGUUUUCACUGAUCUUCCAGAACUGCUGAAAGAUAAUCAAGAGCUGGCGAUUCCACUGAGAGUUUGGCUUUAUCCUCUGGACAAACUUCACAAAAGAGCUUCAAAACUUCAUAAAGACAUCAGCAUGGAUCUUAUCAUGAAGAUAGAAUCA